AUGUACAGAACAAAGAAGGUUGGAAUCACCGGAAAGUACGGUGUCAGAUACGGUUCUUCUUUGAGAAGACAGUGUAAGAAGCUCGAAGUUCAACAACACUCCAGAUACGACUGUUCCUUCUGCGGAAAGAAGGCUGUCAAGAGAGGAGCCACUGGUAUCUGGACCUGCAAGUCUUGUAAGAAGACCGUUGCUGGAGGUGCCUACACUGUUUCCACUGCUGCUGCUGCCACUAUCAGAUCCACCAUCAGACGUCUGAGAGAGUUGGCUGAGGCAUAA